AUGAGCGGCGCUGCCGAAGCGGACGUGGCGGAGCAGCGCGCCAUUAACGUCGUGUCCACAGCCGUUUCUGCGGUAGCUGCGGUGUUUCUAGGCGGAGGCUUCUACUAUGGCAUGACCAAGCAAAAGAAGGCGCUGGAAGAGGAGGAAAAGAGUCUGGGCAAACCAUCAGCUAGCAAAAAGAAGUUUGAGCCCAAGAACGCCACGUUUUUCGAGCGGAAGCUGGCAUUAGACAAGCCUUUGGCACCCAGUACAGCUGCUCGGAAGGCUCUGCUAGGUGUGACGCUCACCUCCGUCACGGGCUGCUGCCUGUUGGUGGGCGGGGCCGCUGCCACUCUGGGAGUGACCAAUACCAAGCAGCUUAACUACAAGGGACUAGGAGAGGUGAAGAGGGAGAUGUUAGACGUCAUUGCCGACGAAGUGAAGCAGGAUGAAGUGGAAGCAGCAAGAAAAUAGACAGGGUGACCUCUGUA